AUGCGUCGAGGAGGGGGUUCUCUCCAUCACGGUGUAUCAGUCCCCACUUCCCUAGGCCUUGCUUUCCCAGCUUGUGUCACUGAAGCACUGCUGCAGGUCUCAAAACACAUCCGGUUGUCGAGCCAUGGAAGAGGACGGCCAUCUUUAACAAAAAACAAUGAUUUGCAGCUGCUGAUUGAUAACGAGAUCUUUUGCUUGGCUGCUGAUAGGAAAACAUCACGUCUAUCUCAUCUCCAGGAAUUUACUUUGAUCAAUCUUUUGGCUCACUUUUUUACGGAGCGUGAUGAAAUGAAUAAGUAUACAUAUUUCGAAGUGCUGUUCCUUGGGAGAGAAGGGGAUUCACACAUCCACGAACAAAGGCUUCGUAUUUUAUAUCGUCUGGCCUCUUAUGCGUUACAAUUUCCUGUUCUGCAGCUUUAUGCACAGAUCUCACUUUGGUUAUCUAAGGUAGGCAGUAGUAAACCAUACGCCGAGGAGUUGGUUGCGGUCUUGGCCGAGCAUUAUCUGAAGCCUGCUGACUCCAAAAUAGUGAGUUUUACAUAAGU